CGGGGUUUGGGGCUGGACUGCAGUCCUCUGAGCCUGUUGAAAGCAGCUAAGGGCGGAGGCGGGGCUCUGGAGAGUUUCCUUUCUUCCUUCCCCCAGCCUCCUGUUCUCUGUUGGGGGGCCCCUAGCUCAUUUCCAACCUUGUUGCAGCUGCUCUGCAGCCCUUUUCAGGAUCCAAACAACUGCAAGCCACUGUUCCCAGGAUGGUGAUCCGUGUAUAUAUUGCAUCUUCUUCUGGAUCUACAGCGGUAAGGAGAGGGGAGUCUACCUUUGUUAUUUUUCUUACCUACUGGUCUCUUCUGCUCCAGAACCAUGAAAUUGCUGCUCAUCUGGGAGCCUCUCCUUCGGAAGAUAUUAAGAAGAAACAGCAAGAUGUGCUUGGUUUCUUAGAAGCCAACAAAAUAGGAUUUGAAGAAAAAGAUAUUGCAGCCAAUGAAGAGAAUCGGAAGUGGAUGAGAGAAAAUGUACCUGAAAACAGUCGACCAGCCACAGGGUAUCCCUUGCCACCUCAGAUUUUCAAUGAAAGCCAGUACCGAGGGGACUAUGAUGCCUUCUUUGAAGCCCGAGAAAAUAAUGCGGUGUAUGCCUUUUUGGGCUUGACGGCACCGCCUGGCUCAAAGGAAGCAGAAGCCCAAGCAAAUCAGCAAGCAUGAACCUUAAGCAUUCUGCCUUAAGCAUUCUGCCUUAAGCAUCUUGAAAAAUGAGUCCCUAUUGCUUUUAUAAAAUAACAAUUUUUCAAAUAGCAAAAUUAUCUUGAUUUCAAAAGAAAUUGGCUUAAAGUUAAAGUAGUUAAUUAGGUGGUAUUUUCCUGUAAAAUGAAAAUGAAUACAUAAUUAAAAUACGAACAUUAUGUUGAGGAUAAUGGGAGGUUAUGAUAAAAUUUUAAAUAAAUAUCAUGGGAUAGUAUUAUCUUCCAAGAUAAUUUUUGUACCUUAAUGAUUUUUACAAAGAAAAUACUCUUCCUUUUUGAUACUCUCACAACUUAAGUGUAUCUGCAGCUCACCAUUCAGAAAUAGAAAGUGUGAGUGAAUCUGUCUCUUGUUCCCAAAUUGCCUCAUUAGUUUUAGUGAACAAGAAUAUGUAUGUGUUUUAUGUGAAAUUGUGAUCAAAAAGUACUUGGAGAUAAUGAUUAUGAUAUUUGAAACAUUGUAAUUUUAUAUGAUAAUUAUAACAUUCCCAUUCUUUUGUAGAAGAAACUUAUAUGUACUGAUCCACAAGCUUUCAGAAUUCUAAAUGUAGCUUUUCAUUCCACAUUAAGUGUUCAGAUUACACGACCCACUCCCAUAAAAAGCAGUAGGUGCAUUCACUUGACAAGUUCUUUAUGUAACUGCAUUCUUAUGAUGAAAUUAUGUUUCUGAAUUGCUUACCUCAGUGAAAUAUGCAUGUUUUUUCAUGGAAUUGGGAUAGCAAGGAAGCUUAAAAGGGCAUGCUUUUGAAUAGAGCUCAGAUUUUAAUUAAUUAUUAAAAAGUAUGUUGCCACUUAUUGACCAACAUUUGUUUUCUAUGGGUUUUUACUAAAAGAAAUCUUAUUGGGUUUCCCCUUUUUAAGAGACUGUGACUAUGAAUGCCACUGUCUCUUGAUAUUGGACCUUUCUGUUUCAGUUUAGUCAUACAUUGUUUAAAUACAUUAAUACAAGCAGAGAGAAUAUUUUCUAUGCCUCUAUUCCAUGAAAAAGUACAAAUAUCAAGUAAAUGGAUAUGUUAAUCAUGUUCAAUUGUUGUGACAAAAUACCUAAGAAACAGUUUAAAAGAAGAAAAAAUUUCAUUUUGCUCCUGGUUUCAUAGGUCCACGUAGCUUGGUAUCACCACUGUGGGCCUGUAGCAAACAAGAACAUGGUGGGGAGAGUAUGGUAGAGGAAAGCUGCUCACCUCAUGGUGGCAUCGAAGCAAAAAUAGAGAAAGCUCCCUUUUGCAACAAAGCACCUCCCCCCAAACCCAGUGUAAUAUGUGUUCAUCAAUAAGUUAAUAUAGCUUCAGCUGUUGAUGAGGUUAGAGCCCGUUAUCUAGUCAUUUUCAAAAGGCUUCACCUCCACCUACUGCUGCCAUAGGGAUCAAGCCUUCAACACAUGAGCUUUUGAGGGACACUGCAGGUACAAAACGUAACAAGAGACAUCUUUUAAAAUAUUAUUAAAGACUUUUAGAGAGAAAGCAUUGUCUAAAUCACUUAACUCAGAAAAAAAAAACUUUUGUAUUUUAGUUCCACACUAUUUCUAAAAAACAACACCCUUUUCUUUAGUUUAUCCUGUUUCUUGUUUGCUAGUCUGUACUCUAUAAAAAUCAACAUAUGAUGAAAAUAUGGCUUUGUUUAUUGAUAAUCAAAUGAUGUGAUGCUUUAAAAUAAACAGUACUUUCAGAAACAUAA